AUGUCUGCACGUGAGAAUGAAAACACAAGGCUCCCUCUUGUGUCAAAGAAAACGAAAUCAGCCAUGGCUGGUCUGCAGUUCCCUGUGGGCCGGGUCUACGGGCUCCUGAAGAGAGGCCACUACUCUGACAGGAUCAGCCCCGGUUCUGCAGUCUACAUGGCUGCAGUGCUGGAAUACCUGACUGCAGAGAUCCUGGAGCUGGCAGGAAAUGCUGCACGGGAAAACAAGAAGGCCAGGAUCCUGCCCCGGCACAUCCAGCUGGCUGUGAGAAAUGAUGAUGAGCUGAGCAAGCUCUUCUCCUGUGUGACCAUCGCUGAAGGAGGGGUGCUACCUAAUGUUCUUCCUGAGCUUGUUCCUAAGAAGACAAGCCGCUCAUCAGAAUGGCUUAGUCUUCCUCUCACUGAAAUCAUCAGAAGCUCCAGAAACUGGUGA